AUGCAACGACAACAAGACCAACCUGACAGUGCGAAAGUCAAAACGCUGCUGGCAAAGUGGGUUCAUGUCGCAAUUCUCUGCUCCUUCAAUUGAAAAACCUGUUUCAGAGCGAUUUGCUCGUCUUCCGUCCCGUUCCGAUUCCCCGGAAACAAGCACUUCCGUCGCCAGUUCUGCAAAGACUUAGAGAGCAACUUCAAAGUGCCGACUGCGAAAACGAUACGUACGGAGAUCAGCAGAAUUGCGUCGGAACACGUUGCGGAUUUGAAAAAAGAGUGGGCCUCAGAAAGUGUAAGCGCAACUGUAAGCUAAGGAUAAUUAUUUCAUCUGCACGUUCCAGGAUCUUGCCUACUCAGACCUCAGAGCAGACCAGAGCUUCUAUUCAGUGCACGUUUCAUACAUUGACAAAAACUUUGAGCGUCAAGUAAAGGUUCGUUUCGCUUCAAUUAAAAAAGAAGUUACUUCAUUCAGUUCUGUGGCAUCGAGAGUCUGCGCGGGAACGGUUCGACCGAGAAUAUUUCGUCUUUUUCUUUUCCUUUCAGUCACCGACGGCGCGAGUACUCUCAAGCGUUUCAGUGCCAUUCACAUGAUUUCAAAGUGAGAAAAAUUCAGCGUUUACAUAUAACAAAACGAAAUUAUUGCAGUGUACAUUGCUCUUGCCAUGUCAUCAAUUUGGCCAUCGAGGAAUUUAGCCAAAUCGAGACAGUUCGACGAAUUCGAGUACAAGCACAAGCCAUUGCACGAGAUUUACGACGUCAUAAAACGAGCAGGCAGCUGGCAAUCAGGUGGACGAAGCCGAGUCACUUUUCUAAGUUUUCAAGAGAGGGGUGCUACCGCAGAACGUCUGUUUAGGUUUGCAACGAGGAAGUAAAGUAAACUGUGCGAAUUGGGAAACAACGUUUUCAGCAAGUGCACCCAUUUGAACAGUAACAAACGUCGUAACAGGAUGAGCGUCCAAACAAUCAAAGACAUCCGCCUAGUGUCAGCUCUUUACGCGGAUGGAAGUGGCUUCAGGUUCCCGACCUUCCUGUUUCCCGCGUGUAUAUGAGAUUUGCAGUUCCGACACAUCGGGCGCAUCCGAUUUGGGAAGCGAUUCAUCCGAGACGAGCGAAGCCGUGAAGAACGAUUCAGAACAGCGCGGAGAUCCGCCGAGAAAUCGCGAAAAAAGAGAAAGGCGCGUCUUCAAAGCGGCGCGGAACCGCCGAAGAAAGCGCCGAGCCCGGUGAAAGAAAGACGUGAUGAUGUCACCAAUAACCACGACGACGAGUUACAAAACGAAGACGAUUACGAGAACGAUUCGGAACUCACUGAUACCCGGCAGGAUGGCUCCGAAGAAAACGAAGAUGAUUUCGGAGAGAGUUCGGCGGGAUCGGCUCAUCGCGUCGAACAGAACGAUGAAGACUCGACAGUGGACGCUCCAUCGAUUGGAAAGCAAUGA